ACCAGAGAGGAGACGACAUAGAAGAAGAUCUUCGUUCAAAGCCUUCGGAGCAGUGUCGGUUCGAUCCCCUUUCCGAUCUCAAUCACCAAUCGCCGUCGUUGUCGCCGUCGCCGUCUCCGGCGGUUUAUUCCUGUAUAUAAUAAUAUGAUUAAACGAUCUACUUUCUCCUUCUUCAUAUUUUAUCUCUCAAUCCAAACCCUAGCAACGCUAACUCCCGCAACCGAUUCCUACGCAAGGUUCAAUAUCUCUCUCUUUCUCUUUCCUAGAAUCGCCGACGAUUUUCGUCCUCAACCAUCAACUUUCCUCGAGGAUGUUUUGAAAGCAAUUUCGAUACGGCAGAAUUGGAACGAGACUAGUGGAGUAAAAGUAACGAAGUUGGAUUCAGCAAACGCUAAAUUUGGCGAUUCUCGUAGGUACGAUAUACGUCUUCGUGUUGGAAAGAGCGAAGUUAGUUUUAGGCUUCGAGACGAAGUAUCGUUAUGGAAGAAACUGAAGAAUGGAGGCGAAUUUGAGCCAUCUGUUCGUGAAAUUGGAUCGAAUCCUGUUCUUGAUAAAUUUCUUAUUCGUGGACCAUUGGAGUUAUUGAUGAAUGGAUCUGAUGAACUGUUGCUUCAAUUGCCGCUGAAUGUUACUCAUACUGGUUUGAAGAGAAUCCUAGUUGGUGAAGGUAUAAUGGUGGAAGUGAGAAAUGCUCAAGAGGUAACUCUGUUUCAUUCUCUUCAACAAGGGUUCAAUUCGAAAGUAAGAACUCAUUUUUCGCCAUUUGAGCAUGAAUCAUGUACACCAUUGUUUCCUAUACAUAUAUCUGGCCCAGCUUCUGUAAUUGCCUACUCAUCGAGAAAUCAAAACGCCCACGUCGUCAAAACUUUCCUUUCGAAAGACACAAUCAAACUGUUACCCGAGAUAUGUUACGCCAAAGACACAAACAGAAACCAGAGAUUUCCUGUCGAUUCACUGAAAUCGAGAAUUGUAAUAAUCGAUAAGCUAAUGAGGAGUUUAGUUUCCGAUAAACAUGCCAGAAGCUCCUUAAAAGUGAAAAUCAAGGCUUCGACAGUCGUUCGGUUUAAGAUUGAUCUAGAAAGGGAUACGAAAUUAAACGACAGUGAUGGUACUCGAGAGAGCACGAUGGCAGAGUGGCGAACGAGGCCCAAUAUGGAACGUGUUUGUUAUGAAGUAGUGGCCAGGAUUGACGAGGAUAGGUUAAAACCGUUGGUUGUGAAGAGAUCUAGACCGUUCAUCGAGGUUGAUACAUAUGCGUGGAGUGAUUUGUUGUCGAAUAUCUCCUUUACUAAGUUUCCCUCAUUGAUGGUCCCUCCUGAGUCUUUAACAUUGGAUGUGAAAUGGUAAGUGAAAGGUAUUUCACUUAACGUGCGAAACUUUGGUUUAUUGAGAUACAGAAACAAACAAAAGUGUUGGUGUAACACCUGUACUAUCUGAUUGUAACACAAGUUGUGUGUUUUGUGUUAUCGGGAACUCUUGGAUCGAGUACUCGAGCUCCAUCUUUAUAGUAUAUAUGUCUCGACAUAAAAUUUGUUCUU